AUGCGCAGCGGCAGCCACGCUAGGCGGCGGAACGGCGCGUGCAUGCAGAGUUUCUUCGGGAUGUGCAGGAUGGGCUGCGUCAGCCAAUCCGUCGCCACCAGCGGCAGCAUCGUGCAGGACGGGAUCUUCAGGACGGAGACGUUCGCCACCGACGACAGCGUGCUGCGGGACUCGUUCAGCGGGAGGGGGUUGUGCGCCAUCAGCGGCGGCAUCAAACAGGACGCGAUUGUCGCGAUGAGCUUGAGCGGCAGGGUCAGACAAUCCAUCACAAUGCCGGCGCUCGUAGUCCCAGAAGAUACUCCACCCAUGGUCGUCAGCUCCAUGCGGUUGGACGUCUCGAGCUGCACGAUGUGCUGCGGACGCCACGCCAGGCAGCGGAACAGCACGAGCAUCGUCAUGAGGCGCGACAGCACGACGCGCAAGUUCAUCGACCAGACCAGCGGGAGCCAGACUGCAGCAUCUGAGUUGGAACAGAUCGGAGCGACGAAGGUGCGGCGCCCCAGGAACAGCCCAGGCAUCGGAACCGCCAUCGAGCACUCCUCGCCGAGGACCAGCAGGAGCAGCUCUAUCUACACCAACGGCAGCAUCUUGGACGCCGUCUUGCAUACGGUCACUAGGACGGGCAUCAGGAAAUAA